AUCCCCAAUUUCAUAUUUCUGAAUUAUCGAAAGUUCUGAUUGCAGGCCCUUUUGAUCUCCGUCACAAUACACACUUAAAUUGAAUCGUUAGAUACAGCAAAAAUGCCUGUGAGAAUGGUGGAAUCGCCAACACCUUCUACUUCCUCUGGUGCAAAUCCUGGACAAACUUGUCUACAACCCUGUUCACUUCUGAGCGUUGGACAGACGUUUUCAGGAACUCAAAAUGUUUCAAGUCCACAAAAAGAGGAAGCUUGGAGAGUUAAUGUGAGAAUUCAAGGAUGUGACCUGAAUCAUGGAUAUCUAUGUGGCACCAUGGAAGCUUUAAAUGUUCCAAUGGCCGACACACCAGUGGUUACGUUUUGGGAGGGAGAAAUUGUUGAUACAAAGAAUUAUACAUUCUUCACCAACAAAUGGAAAGCAACGUCAGAAGUUGACAUAGAUCACUGGACAAAAUUUCCAUCUUUUUCACCUCUUUUAAGUCAAGUUGAAGUUGAUGGUGGGAAGUCAUUGGACCUCAGCAACUAUCAAUACAUAUUUAUGAGAUGGAAAGAGCAAUAUUUUGUGAAUGUUGGAUCCGAUUGCGGGUUGACAAUAGCUGGCUUUUACUAUGUUUGUUUCUCGUGUGUGGAUGGCUCGAUCAACGGCUAUUAUUAUGAUCCAAACAGCAGCCCAUUUCAGAAGCUUGAGCUAAAAACAACCAAUGAAGGAAGAUCAGGUUUCAGCUUCUCUUCUUAUGAGCUACAAUAAGAGUAUUUGUUUAUUCCUCUUCCGAAGAAACCCUAAUAGCCAACGGGGUUUUGGGAUCUGGGCUUUGGGCUAACGGUAUCAAAGGUGGUCCAUCAAUCAACAUGUUGCGGGUUCAAGUCCAAAAUCGAACAAAUGCAUGAGUAUUUGCUAAAAGAACAUAUACCCGAAUGAGUAUUGAUGGUUAUUGUUGAAAUAGGUGUAAUUUUGGAGAUUCAUAUAUUUUUGGGAUAAUUAUUGUGGUAUGAGAAGCUCUUUAAGUCAAUCAAAUGUUUGUUUCUUUUUA